AUGAAGCAUCGUCCCAGCAUAGUGGGCUGGGUCUUUCGUGCAAUGGCUUACAUUGCACGAAAGAGCCUUAAUCACCGUCGGCAAAAGCUAUUUAACAGGUUAUGUUGGUUCUUUCGAGCAUGUCGAGUGUGUAGUAGGUAUGUGCCAGGGAUCAACGUGUUCACACCGCUCGGUUUUAUCCGACUGUUCGGCGUGGUGGGCGGCGUCCUGGUCAAGCCGCAGUUCUUGAGAGAUCUCAACGAGGAGUACUAUGUAUACUCCUUUGAAGAAGACACUAUCAGGAGACGGAUGCACAAUGCCGUGUCUACAGGAGUGGGCUACAUAUCGCCUGAGCCCAUGUAUCCUGAUCACGGUGACAUUUCUGCGCUAGUGGACGCAGGGGUGUCCAUAUCGAAAGAAAGCCAUCAGUCCAUACUGCAAGGCAAGGAGACACCCUUGCUGAGGCUAAGAAACGGUGCUCUACAAGCUGGGCUUAAUCAGCGGUUAAAGAGAGUCGUGGCUAUGAGGAAGGAAGUGGAGAGCCAACGCAAGACGUCAUCUCUACAAAGAAAUGUAGUAUAUCCCCUUGCGAUGCUUUUGUUGCUCGCGCUCACAACCAUCACAGUGCUCAUGGUGCUACAAAACACGCUCGAACUGCUCAUUGGAAUCAAAGCUUUGCCGCUUAGCACACGGCAAUUCACCCUGGGCAUAGCAUCCUUGUCGAAGCUAGGGUGCGCAGGCGCGGUGCUGGAAGCGUUCCUGAUCGUGUACCUGUACGCGGCGUCGCUGACGGGCCUGAGCACGCCGAUGAGGGCGCUGCGAGUGUUGCCGCGCGCGCGCCGCACGCCGCUCACGCGCAUUAUCGCGCACUGCGCUCUUCUCCUCGCUUACUCCACCGCACACCCGCUUCUCGUCAAGAUGCUGGGUAUUACAAAUUUCGAUUUGUUAGGCGAGUUCGGCCGCAUAGAGUGGCUGGGCAAUUUCAAACUCGUGCUGUUAUAUAAUGCCAUAUUCGCUGGCACAGUGACCCUGUGUCUGGUCAGCAAGUUCACGGCUAGUGUCCGCCGGGAACUGUACAACAGAUUCAAGAGGAUUGCUGAUAUGUUUACUUUGCCAGAAGAUAUGCCGGUGAAGUCAUCGCCAAAUGCAACGUUAAAUGAAACACGGACUUCGCCGGUAGCGACAGUUUCAACUGAAAAAUUAGAUCACGAAAAUGUCAUACAACCCAAAUUAGAAUAA